AUGUCUUGCGUAACAAUACAUAACAGCGUCGUUUUAUAUCCAUUAUGGCACAAAACAAGAAAUUUUGAAUACGAAGCGUUGUUUUGCAGCAUCAAGUUUGAAUUAUGGAUGAAUUAUACAAUUGGAGGUAUUGCAUAUGCUCUACUGUUCUAUGCUGCUGUUAUAUUCGUGGCGAUAUUAGAAUUUCAACACCUAUCAAAAGAAUUGGCAUUAAUAAAAAGAAAAGAAUUGAAUCUAGAAUUGAAAUUGAAAAAUUUCAUGAAUCAUCACGAAGAAUUGUGGAAGUUUAUUUCACAGUUCAACUACAAAGUCAAUUUCAUGAUUAUCAUUAUAUACGGCAGUCUAGUAUCAGGUACUAGUUUCUGCUGUUACAUGUACCUGUUUAUUAAAAUGAAUGAAGUACUGAAAUAUCUUAUUCUUGGGUUAAUUGUUUUGUCAACAUUCACCUGUCUUGUUUGUUGUUUUCUUGUAAGCUGUUUGGCAUUUUCGAUGGAAAUUACUUUUCAAGAGAUUCGCCAAUUUUCGGCUUGCAAUAUGCCUCUAGAGUCGAAAUUGAAAAUCUUAAAUUUUAUGAAACGAUUUGGAAAAGUGGCAUUGAAAAUUUCAAUAAUGGGUUAUUUUUAUGUUAAUAAGAGAUUUCCGAUCAGGGCAACAGAUGGUGGCUUCGGACAUCUUCAGCCAGGAGACAUAGCCUGCAUGCCUUGUGGAAGGGGAAACAGCGGCAGCAGCGAGAAGAGAUUGGGGAGGCACGUGCAAGGAUAA